AUGUCACGGAGAUACGAUUCCAGGACGACCAUCUUCUCCCCAGAGGGUCGCCUAUACCAAGUCGAAUACGCCCUCGAAGCCAUCUCGCACGCAGGAACAGCACUGGGUAUCUUGGCACAGGAUGGCAUCGUUCUCGCUGCAGAGAGAAAGGUUACCAGCAAGUUGCUCGAGCAAGACACAUCGGCCGAGAAACUGUACAUCUUGAACGAUAACAUGAUCUGCGCGGUAGCAGGAAUGACCGCUGAUGCCAACAUUCUCAUCAACUACGCCCGCCAAGCCGCCCAAAAGUACCUCCUCACCUACAACGAAGACAUUCCCUGCGAGCAACUCGUCCGCCGUUUAUGCGAUCUCAAGCAAGGUUACACGCAGCACGGAGGUCUCCGACCGUUUGGUGUAUCCUUCAUCUACGCAGGAUGGGACCCACAGCGACAGUUCCAGCUGUACCAGAGUAACCCCAGUGGCAACUACGGCGGCUGGAAGGCAACCAGUGUCGGCGCGAACAACGCUUCUGCACAGAGUUUGCUGAAACAGGACUACAAGGAGGAAUGCGAUUUGAAAGAGGCUUGCGGACUUGCAGUCAAGGUGCUCAGCAAGACCAUGGACUCAACCAAGCUGAGCAGCGAGAAGAUCGAGUUCGCUACCGUAGGAAAAACCAAGUCAGGCAAGAUCUACCAUCACUUGUGGAGUGCAGACGAGAUCGAUGCUCUGCUCAAAGAGCACGGCCUUGCCAAGGCUGAGGAUACAGAGAUGUCCGAGACAUGA